AUGUCAAGCAAAAUUGCACAAAAACGCGCAAAACAGCGGCGUCGAGAUUUGAUGAAACAGAAGUCACGCAUAUACAAUCAAGUCGAGCCUCGUAUAUUAAGACCAUCAGCUAAGAAACGGCUAAAGCUCGAGCGCUCUCGCAGGCAAUGGAUCUUCCCGUGGAUGAUAAAUCCAGACUAUCGUCUCGGACAGACGUACCCUGCAGCCAGCCUACUAGGUCUCCCCACGGAGUUGCGGCAGAGGAUAUUUCACGAAGCAUUUGACAUGAAGGAGCUGAGUACACGUGCGCGCGCGAUAUGUCCGACGCAGGUACCCAUAAAGAGCAUACGAAAGUCACAAGAAGCUAAGCUACUGGAGACAAAGGACCCAAAUAAGGGCUUGGAGGUUCACCAAGCCAAAUACACCAUGGCGAUUCGUCUGCGCGUUGGGGAGUUCAGCUGUGUGUCGGCUCUGAUCCGUCGGGAUAUGGAGUACGUGAAGCGGAUAUGGCUGCGGGAUUUAGAAGGCUAUUUCAGGCUGAAAGACGUGAGAAGCAAGUAUGAAGCAAGCUUGGACGCAUGGCUGGACAAAGUUAACCAUAGAAGCCUGAAUGUGAAGGGCAAGGAAGUCACAGUGAUUAAGGCUAAGGACCAGAGAGCGUCGGUCAUACGGCCUCAGAAAUGCUGGAAAUGCACGGAACGGCACGUGAGAUACGAUGCGGUAUGCCCGAUGACCAGACACGAUCCAGAAAGAUGGAAGAAGUUAACCAAGAAGAUGGCAGGCUGGAGGCCCUUAGUAAGUGACACUUCUCUGUUCGAGGGCACGAGGAUAGUGUUUGGCGACGACUAUGAGUCCUGGAUACGUAGUUUUGAGGUUUUACACAGCAUCAUGAUAGUUACAUGA